AUGAACAAUGGGUCUAGCAUUUCUGAAUUUACUCUUCUUGGGCUUUCCAAUCCACCUGAACUUGGAAUCCUCUUGUUUUUGGUAUUUCUUACUAUGUACUUAGUAACUAUAGCUGGUAAUCUACUCAUUAUCAUUAUCACAAAUUUAGACCCAGCAUUAAACACACCAAUGUAUUUUUUCCUUGGUAAUCUCUCCUUUCUGGAUAUAAUCUGCACUACGUCGGCUGUCCCAAAAAUGUUGUCUAAUUUAAUUACUCAACAAAAAGUUAUAUCUUUCAAUGGAUGUAUUGUCCAGAUGUUUUUUUUUACAGUUGGUAUGGACACAGAAUUUCUUCUUCUAACUUUUAUGUCUCUUGAUCGAUACUUGGCUAUCUGUAACCCAUUAAGGUACAAGAGUAUUAUGAGUAAAAAAUCUUGCUUCGGUAUGUCAAUUGUGGUAUGGGCCUUUGGGUUUUCAAGUUCUUCUUUUCAUUCUUCAAGCACUUUGUGGUUGUCAUUUUGUGGACCAAAAGAGAUCAACCAUUUUUUUUGCGAAGUUCCUCAGGUACUAGCAUUAUCCUGCUCAGACAUUUCUUUAAAUAAAUAUGUUCUUAUAGUGACAGAUCUUAUAUUAGGACUAAUCUGUAUUACCCUAACUUUUAUUUCAUAUGUAUUCAUAAUGUUUGCUAUAUUAAACAUCCGUUCAGUCGAAGGGAAGAAAAAAGCUUUCUCUACAUGUGCCUCACAUAUUACAGUUGUUCUGUUAUUUUAUGGGACCCUAAUUUUCGCCUACUUUAAACCUUCUGAUGAAUCCUCAAAUAUGGACAAAGAGAUUGCUGUUUUUUAUACUAUUGUUAUUCCAAUGCUGAACCCAAUUUUGUACAGUUUAAGGAACAAGGAAGUAAAGCUAUCUAUUCAAAAGUUGAUUUCAAGAAAAAUAUUACUUAGAGCUGAUUUUUAG